AUGGAGAACGGUCAUGAGAUCGGUACCCAACAUGCAACGAAGGGAGACCGCGACACCGGUCAAGAAGGGCUACGUGACAGAUCGUCUCUACCGAAGGCUGAGCCGACUGACCGACUGUUGAAAUUGGGCCAGCCGGAAGAGACGAAGGAGCCUAAAGAAGAAAUAAUGCUAAAUACUGAAGACGUCGAGAUUGCAGAAAUACCAGUUUAUCACCACGAGAGCGGAGAUUUGUUUGCGGAAGAUAUCGAGCAGCAUAUGGCCGUGCUACCAGAGAUGUCGGCGACUACGGAAGAAGUUACGAUUGAGGACAUUCAGAUCGGUGAUCCCGAUGUGCCUCUCACCACAGAUCAACAACGGCUCAGAUCGCUGAUCUGGAAGAGCCGUCACCUCCUCAUGGGUAAAGGUAAUGCUCUACCACCCGCAGCACGAGGCGCGAUCUGUGAUAUUGAUGUCGGUGGGGCAGCACCGAUAGCGCAAAGAGUGCGUCCGGUCGCACCCAAAUAUCGGGAGAAGCUGUCAGAUCUCAUCAAAGGACUAUUAGCAGCCAAAAUCGUUCAGCCAUCCACGUCACCUUGGGCGUCUCCGAUAGUGGUGAUCAUCAAGAAGAACGGAGUGGAUAUUCGCCUUUGCAUUGAUUAUCGAAGAGUUAACCAGCUGACGCGUCUGAUGGUUUAUCCCAUGCCGUUGAUCAGCGAUCUGUUGGAAGAUCUGGAUAAAGCUCUAUGGUACUGUUCGCUAGACAUGGCUAGUGGAUUUUGGGUCGUCGAAAUGACCGAACGAGCAAAACUGAUCUCAGCGUUUGUCACACCGUUUGGCUUGUUCGAGUGGCUGCGAAUGCCUUUUGGGCUUAAGAACGCGCCCCAGAUCUACCAACGUCUGGUGGACAAUGCGUUGUAUGGAUAUCUCAAGAUCGGCCAGAGAUCAGCUUCUGAUGGCCCGAUCGACGUGUUCAAAGAUGGAGAACCUGAGACAGAUCGACGACCGUCUAUACUGGGACGCCGAUCUUACAUUGACGAUAUUCUCAUACCAGCCGCGUCAUGGGGAUCUUUGUACACAAAAGUAGAACGGUUGCUGGAGGCAUGUGAUAAGUGGAAUCUGUCUAUCAGCCUCACGAAGAGUUUUUGGGGGUGCCGUAAGGUCGAUUAUUUGGGACAUCGAGUGUCGAUGGAUGGUCUGGAGGCUCAGCCCAAGAACCUAGAGUCGUUGGUUAACAUCCCGUUUCCUAGCACGCUACGAGCUAUGCAAUCCUUUCUCGGGAGCUUGAACUACUACCGUCGCUUCAUUGAGGAUUUCGCGGUGUAUGCCGCGGUGUUGUAUGAGUUAAGAGAAUCGGAUUUCUUCGAGAUCGGCCGAUCUCAGCUUGCAGCAGGAGACGAAUGCUCCAACGAGGGUCGAUGGACGGAAGCCAAGGUUGCUUUCACUAUGCUAAAAGCUAAGAUAGCUACAGCUCCCAUGCUCAAGCAUUUCGACCCAGAUCGGUCCCCCGUAAUCGUGGUCUACGCUAGCAAGUGGGCUGUCUCAGCGGCCCUGAUACAGGAGUACGAUGGCGUGUACCAUCCGGUGACGUUUACUAGCCGCACUUUAAAGCCUAAUGAGCUUAACUACGGAAUGGUAGAAAAGAAGUGCUGGCGCUACUUCUCUCGAGGGCUCAACGGGAGAUUAGGACGGUGGGCUGCUUUGUUGUCAAAUUGGACUAUGGAGGUGAAGAAAUGUGAAAGAGGAGAGGAAGAAAUCCUGGGCAUGUUAGCAGCGAGUAUCACUCCGAGAGGAGAGGUGGAAGAGAUGCUGAUUGCGAUCUCCCCACGAAAAGACUGUCGACUCAAAAUAUCGAUGCCUCCUCCAACGGAUAAAAAAAAGAAAGGAGGGUCGUUCAGUGCCGUGAUAUGGAAGUUACCCGAAUGGACGAUCGUGGCGGCCGAAUCGAGAUAUGUUCACGAUCUGACUGUGAAUGAAGCUGAGUAUAAUGGCUUGCUACUGUGCUUUGAGUUACUCGCCGGUCUGGAUAGGGGGCGAGUAAUACUGUGUGGAGAUUCCAGUCUGGUGAUUCGACAGAUGCGCGGUGAGAUCGACUGCAAGGCACCGGGCCUUCAGCUUCUGAGACACAAAGCGUUGGAGAAGCUGCAGUCAUGGCCUAGUCACGAGUUUCUGCAUAUGAAGCGAGAGUGGAAUCAGAGCGCAGAUCGACUAGCCAGCACAGCAUUGCAGAGCGAAAAGGGAAGAACGGUUGUAGCUGAAGAGGAUCGGCAAGAUCUGAUGACUCUGAACCGUCUCGAUGAAUUGUUGAAGCCCAAGCAAGAUGGUCAGCUAGCUCGGGUAACUGCGAUCGCGAGAUCAGCCAGGAGGAUACGUCAUGAACCUGAAGUGAUACAGGAGGAGAUAGUACAGAGGAUCAGGAUUCAACGAAUUGUCCAAGCUCAAGAUGAAGAGCGUUGGAUUGUCAAUCUCAAGACAUAUCUAAGUGGCGAUGUAUCAAACUUGGAUGCGGUAGAAGUGAAGACGUGCGCCAAACUGGCGCCGGAUUACGAGAUCGAUGAGAACAAUCUGCUAUUUUUUUGCCCCAUGGCGAAAAGAGAGUCGGAAGAUCGCGAUGGUUUGAUGCGGUUGGUGAUCCCUGAGACGUUGCAGCAAGAUUUUUGCAUCAUUAUCACACGAGUCUGGAAGGAGGCCAUCAGGGUAUUGGCCGAACCUAUCAGAGGAUCAGAUCGCGAUUUCAUUGGAGAGGACUGUAUCGGAGCGUUCAACGAUAUGUGGGCGAAUGUACCGACUGUGAGACCGGGAAAGGAAACCCGAUGA